AUGUCAUCAAGUAGUAAGAAUAGUCGUUUUGAAGUAUUCGAAGAGAAAAUUAAAGAAUUACAACUUUCUGAGGAAGAGCAAGCGGCAUUUCGUAAAGCGAAAUCACAACUACAAAAUCAUACGAGACUUGGUGCACUUGCGGGACUUUUUGUUGGUGGUUAUGUUUCUAAAGUAAGAAAGUUUACUAUCGGUACAAGUAUAGCUAUAAGUAUAGGAUCAAUAGCUAUCGGAAGUCAGAUAGGAUUUUUUACUGGAGCUGCUGCUGGAAUAAGAACUGUUAAAUCUUUACCAAAUUCUCAAAGAAUUUUCGAAAUUGUUAGAGAAGUUCAAAAAGUUCGAGAAGUAGAACAUGAAGAUAAUAAUAAACCAUCCACUUUCCCCGAUGAAUUUUCAUCAGAUAAUCAAGAUUUUAACGAUAUUCAUGAAGGUCAACAAUCUUCAUGGACAAAUUUAAGAUCACCAUCAGCUCCUUCACGGGAUGAUAAUAAUGGUAGUUCAUGGGAUAAAGUUAGAGCACAAAAUUCAGGUUCAAGCACUUGGGAUAAAAUUCGUCAAAAUAAUAAAGUGGGACAACAACACAAACCUACUUCUGAUAUAUAUAAUGAUGGUAAUGAAAAUUUACCAAGAACAAAAGAAGACUUUGAUGAAUUAUAUAAUAAAGGUAAAAUUAGAACAAAUCUAUAUGGUGAUGCCGAAAUAAGAUAUGAAUAA